AUGGGACUUCUAGACCGUCUGUGGCAUCAAAAUCAGAACGUGCUCACGUUCAUUGGCUGUGCUAAUGGGUUGGGCGGUCGAAAGUUGGGGGCGGAGCUUGCUGCCAGCGCCAUUCGUGACUCGUCGAUUCUGAAGCACUCCAGAUUCCCGCAUCGAUGGGAAAACAUGAUCACUGAGCCAUUUGAGGAGGAUAAACGACAAUUGGCUGCGUUGCCACGUAAGUUUUGAUUACUGUAAGAUUGGAAGAAAAAACAUGUUAUAUUGUGAGGUUAGCCUGCGCUUUUGAGUUUUAAAUUUAAAUUGUUUAGGUUUUCCGCCAAUUUGGCACAUUUGGCAUUGUGUUUCAAGCACUUUUUUCGACUUUCCAGACAAGCUACUCUUACAAACUUAAAAAUGUAGGUUCAUUUAAAGGUAUUCUACUAGUAUAUCAAAGAAAAAUUUUAAAAGUCAAAAAAUUACAAAGUUACAAGCUUGAAACACAAUGCCAAUUUGGCGGGAAAUUUAAAAUGUCAUUUUUUAAUCUCGAUUUUCUCGAGAUUUCUUGAAAAGUGCGAUUAGUACUUUGCUGAAGGCCUUGUAUUGACAUGAUCUUUCUGUAUAAAAAGUUUGAAGUCAAUCAGAGCCGCGCAGGUCGGGUACUUUACUUAUUACUCGUAUACGACGAAACAUGUUUGAUCGUAUAACAUGUCGGUUGUAAUGAAAAUUCAAAAAGUGAAGUUAUAAUUGGAUUUAUAUGUACUUUCUUAUCAUAACUUUAGAAUUUUAGAAAAAUUCAUCAAGCGUGACAAGUUAUACGAUGAAAAAUGUCCAACUUUAAAAUUUUUUUUAAAUUUCAAAAACCACCCUUCCAGAUAUUCGCAUGUACAGCUACGAGCUAGCCAAGUGCACCAAACGUGCCAUAAUGCAAAACAAGGACCUGUGCGUGGUGGGUGGGGACCAUUCCGUGGCCAUUGGGACCUGGAGUGGCGUCUCGGCUGCCCUCUCAACCAUGGGCAAAGGCCGGCUUGGACUGGUCUGGAUCGACGCCCAUUUAGAUGCACACACCCCACAGACCAGCGAGAGUGGCAAUGUGCAUGGUAUGCCGGUGGCACAUCUUCUGGGGUAUGGUGAUUUGAAAUUGGCCGCGCUCUUCGACAAAAUCCCCAAAAUCCACCCCCAAAACCUGGCUAUGGUUGGGAUUCGGUCGUAUGAAAGUGCGGAACAAAAGUUGCUUGAGGAGUUGAAUGUGAGUUUAAGUUUCGAAUAAUUUAGAGUUUCUGGGACAAGUUAUACGAACAAAGUUGUACGAUGAAACACGUUUGAGCGUAUAACUUGUCUCCGGCAGUAAAAAUUUGAAAAGUAAUUGUAAAAAUAUAACGUAACUGCCAUUUUUGUAUAUUUUACACUUCAUAAAAAUAAAUUUGAAUAUAAAAUUCAAAUUGAGCGACAGUUUAUACGAUGAAACAUGCUUGAUCGUAUAACUUGUCAUUUAAUUUAAAACUUAGAAAAUAAUUGUAAAAAUGUAACUUUACUAACACUAUAGUACAUUUUACACUUCAUAAUCGCUAAUUUUAAUAUAAAAUUCAUAUUGAGCGACAAGUUAUACGAUGAAACAUGUUUAGUAUAACAUUUCCCUUUAUCAUAGUAUAACUAAACUAACAUCAUUACUUUAGGUUCGAGUAUUCUACAUGGAUGAAAUAAAGAAACGUGGCAUUGCAGCCGUCUUGGCAGAAGCCGUGGCAGUGGCCAACGAUGGGACAGCCGGCUUUGGAAUGUCAAUCGACCUGGACGGUUUCGAUCCCAGCUGUGCACCAGCUGUUGGUACCCCAGAAAAGGAUGGUCUGGAUCCUGAUGAGUUCCUCAAUGCUCUACAUGUAGGUUUUUAAAGUUUUUUGUUUUAGGUGUUAGUCUAAGCGACAUGUUAUACGAUGAAACAUGUUUGAUUUAAACAUGUUUGAUCGUAUAACUUGUCGCUAAUUAUAAAAUUUGAAGCUUUUGUGCCAUUAAUAUACAACAUGUGACGUUUCCUUGAACUCUUAGUGUGCAUAUACCAAAGUUCCACAAAGUGGUACUACUAGUACCGUUUUAUUUAAAAAUUUUAAAAUGCUCAAAGUAGUAGCGAAAAAGUGAAAAAUAUCUCAAAACUAGCACCCCAAACCCACAGAGAACGUAUUUUACAAAUUCCAAUUUCAGGAUAUUGACUUUUCGAAAUUGAUUGCGACAGAAUUGGCCGAAUUCUCCCCGGAACUGGACUGCCCUGAUCGGCGAACCGAACGACUUUGCAUCGACCUUUUGAACAGUAUCUACACUAGCAAAUGGCUUACUUUACGAAAUAAAAGCUUUCAAACUUAA